UUGUAAGAUCCCGGAAUAACGUUUACCCUUAGCUGUUAAGAGGCUGAUUGCACGCGCCUUUGUACAAUCCAGUGCUUGGAAAUAGUAACCAACAAGAGUAUAAUUGAAUGAAAAGAAUUGGUCACUAUGGCAGCUUCCCCUGCUGGAAAAGAGCAAAGUGUGGACCUGGGUUCCCUGUCUCUUCAGCAACUCACUGCUGUCAAAAAGCAGCUUGACGACGAAUUGGAGCACCUUACAAAUUCUUUUGCCAAGCUGCGAGCUGCCCAAGCCAAAUUUGGAGAUUGCAUACGGUCAAUCAAGGCUGGCAUCUCUUCUUCUACACCAGGGAAAAUGAUCUUGGUGCCCCUGACCAGCUCUCUAUAUGUCCCUGGGACACUUUCUCACCCAAACAAGGCCAUUGUUGAUGUUGGAACUGGCUUCUACGUUGAGAAGGAUUCUGAUGACGCGGAAGCUUUCUAUAAAGCAAAAGUAGACGAACUCGGGAAGAACUUGAAGGAUCUGGAGGGCAUAGUACAGAGCAAGAGCAGUAAUCUUCGUGUGAUUGAAGACAUUCUCAGACAAAAGGUUAUCAGUGGUAGCGCCACUACAAACCCUGCCUCACAUGCAUAGACAUAACCAGCAGCGUCAGAAGUUGGAAUGAAGAGGCUCUCCUCCAACCAUAUUUCGUUUUUGAUCGAUUGCCGCGACUGUCUACUCUCGGAGUUAUCGAAAAUUCACGACGUCGCC